CAAUCGAUAAGUUUUGUGCACCCCUCCUUGGGCGAUAAUCAUUCUUCUGCAAUUGCUUUAACUGUUGUUCUUUUUCUGUCCCACGAAUUUUCGAUUUCUUUGUUCCUAAACCUGAAUCUUGAGAAUUUAACGAGUGGACAUGCCGUCUCAGUUCCACAUCGAGAACCCUAACGUGGGCAACAAAGCCGAGGCCGAGGAUUGGAGAAUCCGUGGAUACAACCCCCUGACGCCUCCGAGCUUGUUGCAACACGAAAUUCCUCAGACACCCAAGUCGAAGGAGACUGUCAUCAAGAGCCGAGAGGAAGUUGUAGACGUGGUUCAUGGAACUGAUGAGCGCCAGCGACUUCUCGUCGUCAUUGGACCAUGCUCCAUCCACGACCCCAAGGCGGCUCUCGACUACUGUGACCGCUUGCUGCAGAUGAAGGAGAAAUACGCUGAUGACCUACUCAUCGUCAUGCGGGCCUACCUUGAGAAGCCUCGCACCACCGUUGGCUGGAAGGGUCUAAUCAAUGACCCCGACAUUGACAACUCUUUCGCAAUCAACAAAGGCCUGAGAAUAUCCCGUCAGCUCUUCGUCGAUCUGACCGCAAAAGGAAUGCCGAUUGCCAGUGAAAUGCUGGAUACCAUCUCUCCGCAGUUCGUCACCGACCUUCUCAGCGCUGGCGCAGUCGGCGCCCGUACCACGGAGAGCCAGCUUCACAGAGAACUUGCCUCUGGCCUUAGUUUCCCCGUUGGCUUCAAGAACGGAACGGAUGGCACUCUUGACGUCUCCAUUGAUGCUAUUGGUGCCGUCAAGCACCCUCAUCACUUCUUGUCUGUCACCAAACCCGGUGUCGCCGCUAUUGUUGGUACCGUCGGAAACGACGACUGCUUCGUUAUCCUGCGAGGUGGCAAGCAGGGCACAAAUUACGAUGCAAAGAGCAUUACAGACGCGAAGGCUAAGCUGGCCAAGACCGGAACCCGCCAGCGAUUGAUGGUUGACUGCAGCCAUGGCAACUCUGAGAAGAAUCACAACAACCAACCUAAGGUUGCCAAGGUUCUGGCAGACCAAAUCACCAAGGGUGAGACUGGUAUCAUGGGUGUCAUGAUCGAAAGUAAUAUUCAUGAGGGUAACCAAAAGGUUGGACCGGAUGGCAAGGACGGAUUGAAGUACGGUGUCAGCAUUACUGAUGCCUGCAUCGGAUGGGAAGAUACGCAACGUGUCCUUGAGACACUUGCUGUCGCUGUGCGUGAACGCAGGCAGGCUCUUGGUGGCAAGACUGCUGCCGAGGUCAACAGUUCUUGAGCGUGAUUAAAAGUGAUUUUGUAUAUGUGGACGCGACAUGCAUGUAGGAAUAUAAUUUUCGUCUUGUGGGCUUAGAAAAAGCAUUCAAUUUACUCGCAU